AUGUCUGCGCCUUCUGGCGUCAACAUCGCCGCCGCUCCUGCCUCAUAUGACGGGGCUGGGGAAGCAGCGGGGCGCGUCGGUAUCCAGCCAGCCCCCUCUAGCGACAAAAAGCGCAAGGCUCCCCCAACAUCCUCGGGUGGGCGUGCCAAGGAGCGCGCUGGAUCAGUGACCGAAGAAGAAGGGUCGGCAGCGUCGCCGGGCGCAUCUGCUGCUGGCGGUGGAGCGACGAGCGGCCAGAGGCCUCGCGAGGCCAAGCGCACGCGCGUGCACUUUUCAUGUGUGGAAUGCCACCGUCGCAAGCAGAAGUGUGACCGCAAGGAGCCGUGUUCACAGUGUGUGGCACGUCGUGUCCCUCACCUCUGUCGCCCCUUUCUCAACGGCGUCGAGGACCCUAAUGCCAACUCGGAUGUGCACGCCCGCCUGGCGACGAUCGAGGGCAUGCUCACUCGCCUGGUGCAAGUGAUACCCCAGGCUAUCCAGAGCCGUCCUUUAAGCUUGGACGCUUCGAGUCCCGACGUGUCAUCAAUCGCAACCCAAGGCGAGGAUGUCUUCCAUCCACAAUCCGCACCUCCGCCCCAAGCAGCACAGGAGCCACCACGCCAGAUCUACCCUCCCAAACCACCGCCUUCAGGCCUCUUCCCUGCCAACCUGUCGACCUCGACACCUGUUGGGCGCUCAGGCUUUGGCUGGGGUUUGAGGGAAGGUCGCAUGAUCUGCCUGUCGGUCGAGGACAAUGCCGAGCUGCGCGACCUGCUCAUCACCCUGCGCGAGAGUGGCGUGACCAAGAACCAUCUCGAGUGGCUUAUUGCCGGCGUUCCAGGUCGCCGAAUGGCUGAUGGUCUGGUGGAGCUCUACUUUAGGGAUAUCGACUGGACUCGAUACAAGAUGAACCGCCCCCUUUUCGAGCGUCGUUACCAGGCUUUCUUCGACUCCAUCGGUCGCAACCCCACGAGUCCCAAGAUUGACGCCGACACGUUGAAAUGGCUGCCUCUAAUGUUCAUUGUUCUUGCAAUCGCCGCUCUCUCAGCCGGUUCCGACGUCAUGCCUGCAGACGAACAGCUUGCCUGGUCGCGACGCUUCUACGGUUCCGCGCGUAGUGGUCUCGAGUACGCCAAGGCACUCCAGCGCGACAACCUCGACGUCCUCUUUGCGGGCCUGCUCGCUUCUCGCUACAUGCUUCUCACUCGACGACCAGCCGAGGGCUCCACACCACUCACGACUGCCUUCCAGCUCGGCCUGUACCGUGACGGCACCGUCUUGAAUCUCUCAGACAAGCGCGAGGUGGAGGUCCGCCGUCGUGCAUGGGCGAUGCUGUACCACCUCGAUCGCACCAUUUCGCUCCUUGUUGGUCGUCCCGCCUCCAUCUCCGACGCCCACACAGACGCGCGUCCGCCCGCAAACCUCGACGACGAGGAGAUUGAGAGCGGAGACUUCGACCCAGCUGGCCACCCCAUGACGAAGCCUACUGUGUACACUUACGUUAUUGUCAGGCACCGGCUGGCGGAAAUUAUGGGCCGCAUUGCGUACCAUACCUUUACCAUCCAGCUUCCCGACUAUGCCACCGUCCUCGCUCUGGACAAGGAGCUGCUCGCAUGGCGCGACUCACUGCCCCCCUUCCUGGCGAUGAUCAACCCUGACACCAGCCUCGACCAGGCCAAUUCGUACCUCUUCGUGCAGCGUCACCUUCUCGCGUGCGAGUGGUACUACACCCGUAUUACUCUCAACCGCCCUUACCUCCUCCGCCGAAAGUCGCAGGACGGCCGUUACGCCUAUUCGCGCAACGCCGCCAUUGAGUCGGCCACUGCCGACCUGCUGAGCCGUCGCUCGUUUAUGAUGGAGAAGGGCGACCUCAUCAUCAACAGUGGUGGCUACCGCGUGCUCAACUCGUACAUGGUCCUUGGUGUCACCAUCAAGCUGGACCCAGAGUCCCCGCAAGCAGACGACUUGCGCCACCUUCUCAACGUUGUGUCCGGCCGUGCCCGUGAUGAGCAGGGCCGUCUAUCCGAGCCCAUUGUCAAGGAGGAGCUUGCCAUUGUGGAGUUCCUUACGGCCAAGAAUGCGUCCAAGCCCAGUUCCAAUGCUUCCGCCGGCAACGCCAACGGUCAGCAGCGCGCCGAGGGCACCGACGAGAACACUCCCGUGGACCUACUUCUCGGUCUCGCCAAGACCAACACGGGUCGUCGUGCGGCAGAGGAGGAGAAGCGCCAGCUCCGCUUGCAACAGCGUCGCGAGCUCGAAGAGCAACGUAUGGCUCAGCGCCGGUCCAUCUCUGCAGGCUCGAUCGCCACCAACGGCAACGUCAUGUCGUCUUCCCCAUGGGGUUAUGUUGCGCCGCAGAUGCCCGGUUUGGACGUGCACCAGCCGUUCGGCGGACAGGGCCAGCAGCAGGGUGGCGACCGUCGCCUCCCGCGUCCUCUGCAGCCUCCCGGAGGCACCGGCCGCCCCAACAACGGCGGCAACCGGGACAACAACAUGGACUUGUCUGACGGCUCUGUCACGGGCUGGUCGCCAGACAACCCGUUCGGUUUCACCGAAAACAAGCAGGUAUCGCCAAACUUUGGCGGACCUGCGGGCAACCUUAUGCCCUCGCCGCACAAUGCCUUUGCGGCGGCGGCUGCUGCCGCGGCGGGAGUGAGCGGCAGCAACAACCAGCUGUCCAACAUUUCGCCAUACCAGGAAAUGACCCUCAAUUUGCCCACGCCAGAAGAACAGCUGUCCAACAUGGCCGGUCAGGGUGCAGAUGGACUGUUCCCUUCGACCAACGAGUUUGGCAAUGCCGACGUUGGCAGCUUUGACUUUUCCAACCUUGGCGUGUCGCAGCAGGGUAUGGACAUGGGUUUCAACCCGUUCGCGAUUCAGCAGACGGGCGACGAAGCCGCGAAUGACCCUUCGCCCGAUGACGAGACGACGUUCCUCAACUUUAUUCUGACCAAGUUUGCGAACAGCAGCGGGGAAAACAUGUAG